AGUGCCAGGUUGCAAGAGCUCGCUUCACACAGUGCGCUGUGUCUGCCUGGAAACUUAGAGGGCUAGCUCACCCCAUACACUCAGCUAGGGAUGUUUUACUAACUACUUUAUAAACAGAGGACAACGCAAACAUUGACACAAGUGCUGUAACUCUCUUAACUUUAACUAAACGGUAAUUAGUUUAAAGGUCAGUUGCACAUUCACUGAAGUUUGACGAAAGUUGUCUGUCCUUUUUUGUUUAUUUUUGCUGAAGAGCGGAUUGCUUGUUAAAACUCUACUUUUGGAUUGGUUGAUAUUUUCUUAGUCUCGAAGAGAAACUGUAAGACUCGAUCGAGAUGGUUGUCCUGUCACUGACGGUACUAGUAGGAUUUAUAGGAAGUCUGACUUCAGCCGACAACGCUGAUGCCAUAGAUAAAGAAGACCAGCUGCGUAGCCGCCUGAGAGAGUAUGGCCUCAUCACCCCCAUCAGCACCGACUCCCAUGGUCACUUCCUGUCCCACCUGCUCUCUGCCAAUCACAAGCAGCGAGUGAAGAGGGAGGUUGGGGCAGAGGGCUCGGAGCAGGCCAGUGAUAGGCUGUUCUUCAACAUCACGGUAUUCGGCAGGGAGUUCCACCUGAGGCUCCGUCCCAACGACCGCCUGGUGUCUCCUGGGGCCAUGGUGGAGUGGCACGACCAGGUCCCUGAACCAGACAACGGCAGCAGCAGUAGUACAAUCACUAGUAAUAGUGGUAGCAGAGGUACUAUCCGUGUUGGUGGAGAGAAUGGGAGUGAGUCGACCAGCGGUGGAACGGAGAGGAUUCUCAGGAGGAGGUUGCUGAAAACAGACUGCACCUUUAUCGGUGACAUCACUGACGUAAAGGGAGCCUCCGUCGCCAUUAACAACUGUGAUGGACUGGCUGGUAUGAUCCGGACAGACUCAGAUGAGUACUUCAUUGAGCCAUUGGAGAGAGGGACUCAGGAACAUGAGGACCAGGGCAGAGUCCAUGUUGUCUACAGGAGAUCUGCUGUUCUACAGGCCCCCUCUGACAUCUCACUGGACUACCAACUGGAAGAACCAGAAAUAGAGCUGUCCCUACCAGGUGUUCCGGGGAUUCCAGACCAGGUGUCCCUGCCAGGUGUUCCGGGGGUUCUAGACCAGUUGUCCCUGCCAGGUGUUCCGGGGGUUCUAGACCAGGUGUCCCAGCAGGUGAACCAGGCGGUGAGGAAGCGCCGCCAUGCCGGAGAUGACGACUACAACAUUGAAGUUCUCCUGGGUGUCGACUAUUCCGUGGUGCGUUUCCAUGGCAAGGAGCAUGUGCAGAACUACCUGCUGACCCUCAUGAACAUUGUGAAUGAGAUCUACCACGAUGAGUCUCUAGGAGUCCAUAUUAAUGUGGUGUUGGUGAGGAUGAUCAUGCUGGGCUAUGCUAAGUCCAUCAGCCUGAUAGAACGAGGGAACCCGUCCAGGAGUCUGGAGAACGUGUGUCGCUGGGCGUUCGUUCAGCAGAAGGCAGACCAUGACCAUUCUGAGCACCAUGAUCACGCCAUCUUCCUGACCAGACAGGGCUUUGGACCCACAGGCAUGCAGGGCUACGCCCCCGUAACAGGCAUGUGCCAUACAGUCCGGAGCUGCACGCUGAACCAUGAGGAUGGAUUCUCCUCUGCCUUCGUUGUCGCCCACGAGACCGGACAUGUGCUGGGUAUGGAGCAUGAUGGUCAGGGUAAUCGUUGUGGGGACGAGACAGCCAUGGGGAGUGUGAUGGCUCCACUGGUUCAAGCUGCCUUCCACCGAUACCACUGGUCCAUGUGUAGUGGACAGGAGCUCAAGAGAUAUAUACAUUCGUACGACUGUCUCCUGGACGACCCGUUCAAACACGACUGGCCCCAGCUGCCGGAGCUGCCAGGGAUCAACUACUCCAUGGAUGAACAGUGUCGCUUCGACUUCGGAGUCGGAUACAAAAUCUGCACAUCAUUUCGCACGUUUGACCCAUGUAAGCAGCUGUGGUGCAGUCACCCUGACAACCCAUACUUCUGCAAGACCAAAAAAGGCCCUCCUCUGGAUGGUACUGAGUGUGCUCCUGGGAAGUGGUGCUAUAAAGGUCACUGCAUGUGGAAGAAUGUCAACCAGGUGACGCAGGAUGGCUCCUGGGGCACUUGGACGAAAUAUGGUUCCUGUUCCCGCUCCUGUGGGACCGGGGUUCGCUUCAGAACUCGCCAGUGCAACAACCCAGUCCCCUCUAAUGGCGGUGGGGACUGUCCCGGGGUGAAUUAUGAGUACCAGCUGUGUAACACCGAGGACUGCCCCAAACACUUUGAGGACUUCAGGGCCCAGCAGUGCCAGCUACGCAACUCCCACUUUGAGUUCCAGAACACCAAACACCACUGGCUGCCCUAUGAGCACCCUGACUCCAAUAAGAGGUGCCACCUGUACUGCCAGUCGAAGGAGACUGCUGACGUGGCGUACAUGAAGCAGCUGGUGCAUGAUGGGACACGCUGCUCCUACAAAGACCCCUACAGCAUCUGUGUCAGAGGAGAGUGUGUGAAAGUUGGCUGCGACAAAGAGAUUGGUUCCAACAAGGUGGAGGAUAAGUGUGGAGUGUGUGGUGGGGACAAUUCUCACUGUCGUACCAUCAAGGGAACCUUCACCCGCACACCCAAGAAAGCUGGGAAGACGAGAGGAGCAUUUACCUUGCCUAAAGGAGCUCGGAAUGUUUAUCUGAAUGAAACAGAAGAUUUUAGAAAUGUACUUGGUUUCCUUAAGAUGUUUCUGAUUCCUCCCGGGGCUAGACAUGUGAUCAUUCAGGAGCAUGAGGCUUCUCCUCAGAUGCUUGCGAUCAAGAACCAGGUGACAGGCCGCUACAUCCUGAAUGGCCGAGGAGAGGAGGCUCGCUCCCGGAGCUUCAUAGACCUGGGAGUGGAGUGGGAUUACAUUAUAGAAGACGACGAAGAGACACUAUACACUGAUGGACCCCUACACGACGCUGUGGUCGUACUGAUAAUCCCUCAGGACAACGAGACCAGGUCGACCCUGAUGUAUAAAUACAUCAUCCAUGAAGACUCUGUCCCCGUCAACAACAACAACGUCAUUCAGGAGGACACCUACGAAUGGGCCCUGAAGAGCUGGUCGCAGUGUUCUAGACCCUGUUCUGGAGGGUUCCAGUACACUAAGUAUGGCUGCAGGAAAAAAGGUGACAGCAAGAUGGUCCACCGGGGAUACUGUGAUGUCAGCAAGAAGCCAAAACCCAUCAGGAGAAUGUGUAACCUACAGGACUGUACACAGCCACAAUGGAUCUCAGAGGACUGGGAGCACUGCACUAAGACUUGUGGCAGUUUGGGUUUCCAUAUCCGGACGGUUCGCUGUGUCCAGUUCCUCAAUGAGGGGGCCAACCGCUCAGUCCACAGCAAGUACUGCAGUGGGGAGAAACCAGAGAGCAGACGGCCCUGUAACAGACUGCCCUGUCCUGCACACUGGAGGCCUGGGGCCUGGUCAGAGUGCUCAGUGACAUGUGGUGAGGGGGUGGAGAGGCGCUUAGUGACGUGUCGUAUUGGAGAUCAGUGUAAUGGAGAAAGACCUGAGGCCCACAGAUCCUGCAAACCAGGACCCUGUCAUGCUGUCCAGGUGGCUGGUCUCAGGUGAUCCCGCAGGUGAAGA